CUAAUGUUUUACCCACAGUAAAGAUGGCGCCGCGGCUGCUUCCUGUUUCCUCCGUUGUCAUGUGACAAAUGCAGCCGGAGGUACAGUGUCCGCAAAGGUCAAAACUAAGGAGAGAGGAGGAAAUCGCGUUUUGCGACUCGGAGAUGCCGCCCCACGUCUCCCAGGUGAGAUCUCUGUAUAAGAAGAUCCUCCUCCUGCACCGGAUGUUACCGCUUCACCUCAGGGCGCUGGGCGAUCAGUACGUGAAGGACGAGUUCAGGAAACACAAGGGCGUCGGUCCCGCUGAGGCCAAAGUCUUCAUGAAAGAAUGGGAGGGCUAUGCAGCUAUGCUAUGGGUGCAAGCCAGGGAAGGAAUUCAGCAUUCACAGCCCAAAGCAGAGUAUGGCGUUCCUCUGGGAGAAGAUAAACUGGACGCAUUGAGUGAGGAGCAGAUCGGACAAUUACACGAACUGAUGCAGGAGGCCACUAAGCCUAAGAUGCAGUUUGACGUGAUUGAAGGCUCCGAGCAGAAAAGAUAAGACGUCUAUGAUGAGAAUUCACUGGAAAAUAGAUAUUUUUAGGUUUGCUUUUCUCAGUACUUAAAGGGGUACUCUGGUGGAAAACUUUUUUUUUUUUGUUUUAAAUCAACUGGUGCCAGAAAGUUAAACAGAUUUGUAAAUUACUUCUAUUAAAAAAAAUCUUAA